UUCUCUUAUCUCAUGAUAUUUGCGCGUUUAUUGUGUUCUACGACUUGUUCAUCAACAAAUCAACAUGGUUGAAUCGACUACCGAAACCGUUCCCGCUACUCCAGUAGCUGCGUCGCCGAAAAAGAAGACCAAAACCCCAGCCAAGGGUAAAGCUACCGCCAAGAAAGCUUCCACCCACCCGCCUACUGCUUCCAUGGUCAACAAUGCUAUCAAAACAUUGAACGAACGUGGUGGUUCUUCGCUCCAAGCCAUCAAAAAAUCCAUCACCGCUACUUACAAAUUAGAUGCUGAAAAGCUCGCUCCGUUCAUCAAGAAGUACUUGAAAUCCGCCGUCGAAAAAGGUACUUUGAUCCGUACCAAAGGCAAAGGUGCCGCUGGUUCGUUCAAAUUGGCCUCCAAAGCCGAACCGAAAAAGAAGACCGCUGCGCCCAAAAAGAAAGCCGCACCCAAGAAGGAAAAAUCAGCUGACGCGAAACCGAAGAAAGCUAAGGCAGCAGCCAAAAAACCAGCUGCAGCGAAGAAAACCGCCAAACCCAAAGCUGCAUCUAAACCGAAGGCCGCCACAGCUACCCCGAAAAAAGCUCCGAGCAAAGUGAAGAAAACCAAAGCCACUCCGAGCAAGAAACCCAAAACUCCGAAACCGAAGAAAACUGUUGCGAAGAAACCAAAGAAAUCCAUCACCAAAAAGGCUUAAGCCUAGAUGAUGGUCAUCUAAUUCUUAAAACGGCCCUUUUCAGGGCCACCAA